AUGUCCAAUUUAUCGCCGGAUCAAAUUCAACAGCUUAUCCGCCAGUACCCGGUGGAUUUCUUGCCGUACGAGGAUCUAUAUAAACACCUCCAUGCUCACCCGGAACUCUCGCACCAGGAAUAUAACACAGCCAGAACGAUUGCGACCAAACUUUCUGCUAUUAAUGGCAUCGAAGUGCACGAGAAUAUAGGCGGCACGGGCAUUGCCGCUGUUUUCCGCAACGGUGAUGGUAAAACAGUUCUCUUGAGGUCCGAGCUGGAUGGGCUACCAGUCAAGGAACAAACCGCCCUUCCCUACGCGAGUAGAGAAACUGUCAAGCAUGGUGACCGCGGAAUUGAAAUGCCAACUAUGCAUGCCUGUGGGCAUGAUAUGCACAUGACAUGUCUACUUGCAGCAGUCCAACUUUUGGUAACCUUAAAACAGCAUUGGUCGGGGACACUGGUCAUUGUCUACCAGCCUGCUGAAGAAGUGGGAAACGGUGCCAGUGGCAUGGUUUCUGGUGGCCUUUACGACAAAGUUCCGAUGCCUGACGUUUUACUUGGACAGCAUAUCCUACCCAGUAGAGCUGGCGCCAUUGGGAUGAGGGCUGGUACCAUGAUGGCAGCGUCAGAUUGUCUGAAGGUAACAUUCACGGGCCGAGGUGGACAUGCUUCUAUGCCAAAUAGAACAAUUGACCCUAUUGUAAUGGCAUCAAGCACCGUGAUGCGUUUACAAACUAUCGUCAGCCGAGAAGUUGAUACUGCUAGUGAAUUCGCCGUUGUCACAGUUGGCAGUUUGAAGGCCGGUCACGUCGCGAAUAUCAUCCCCGAACAAGCUGAAAUGGAAUUGAAUGUGAGAACCACGGAUACCACGACGAGGGAAAAGGUUCUCUCCUCGGUUCGUCGCAUUAUCAACGCCGAGUGUCAAGCUAGUGGUGCCCCCCAAAGCCCGAAGAUUGAGACUACACUCCAGUUUCCUCCGACAAUUAACGAUCAAGCGGUGACUGAGAAGCUACAGAGCACAUUUGGAACCCUAUUUUCGUCUAAUUUUGACCCAGCAUGGCCAACCUCAAACGCCAGUGAAGAUUUUACCGACCUUGGUUCCUCGAUUGGUAAACCGUGCUGCUUUUGGUUCGUUGGAUGUACUGAUCCUCAGAAAUGGGAUGAAGCAGAGAAGCAAGGGAGGUUAAUGGAAGAUAUUCCAGUUAACCAUUCUGCCUUCUUCGCCCCUGUUGUCCAGCCCACGCUUCAAAUUGGAACGCAUGCCUUGGUAGCUGGAGCAUUGACUUUUCUCUCAGCGAGGCCAUAA